GCGAACGCGGCUGGUUGUCCUCGCUCCCGAAACGGAAAAAUAUAAAACCGACAGACCAAACAGUAUAUAAAGCGUAGUGAAAAUAAUCAAAGACUCGACUUCGUGUGUGUGUUUCGCGUGUUUUUGUGUGGUGUUGCAUGUGGCCUUUGGAGACUUAAAGCUAACAAAAACAAAACUGAUUAGAGUGUGUGUGUGGUGGGAACUUGUAUAAGAUGCUGGAGUUUUACCCAAUGCCCACGAAUCUGAAUCCAGUCGGUGGCAGCUUGUACUCGCUGCAACAGAAUCAUGGCGGGGCACGCUUCCUGGACAAUCCCAAUCCCGGCAGCAUGACUGGCAACGGCAGCAACUCCCUGCACCUCAGCAACAACAAUCUGCCAACGAGCAUAUCCGGCAACAAUAGUCCCACAGGAACGGCUUCAUUAACGGGCCAACAGCAGCAGCAGCAACACCUCCACCAGCAACAUCAGCAGCAACACCAGCAGCAACACGCAGCCUCGACCACGCCAAUUAACAGCUGCCCCACGCCCACAGGACACAGCCCUCUCAGCAGCAGCAGCAGCAACAACAAUAACAGCAACAGCAGCAACCUCAACUCCGCCUGCAACACAUUAACAGCUGCUGCUGCUUCUGCUGCUACUGCUGCUCCAUCGGCAAACUCAGCGAACUCAGUAGCCACCUCGCAAUUAGGCGGAGCAGUUGCUGCGGCGAUUGCUGCUGCUGCUGCCGCUGCUGCGACGACAGCAACAUCGGCCCCCGCGGCAACAGGAAACGGAAAUGGCAAUGGAGGAAAUGGAGCAAAUGGAGGAGCUGCAGCAACGGCCUCGGCAGCAGCAGCAUCCAAAUUGUCUGCCGAUUGUAGUGGACGCACAGAAGUGGGCCACAUCAAGUGCGAGAAGAACUUCGAGCUGUGCGAGGGCUGUGGCCAGAAGAUCCACGACCGCUUCCUGAUGAACGUGGGCGAGGCCAACUGGCACGAGCAGUGCCUGGCCUGCUGCUACUGCGGCAUGCAGCUGCACCACACCUGCUACGUGCGCAACUCGAAGCUCUACUGCAAGAUGGAUUACGACCGGCUGUUCGGGGUGAAGUGCGCCUCCUGCUGCCACGCGAUCCUGCCGCAGGAGCUGGUGAUGCGUCCCAUCCCGAACUUCGUCUUCCACCUGCCCUGCUUCGUGUGCUACGCCUGCCGACUGCCGCUGCAGAAGGGCGAGCAGUUCCUGCUGCGAGAUGGCCAGCUCUUCUGCUAUCGCCACGACCUCGAGAAGGAGAUGUUCCUGGCCGCUGCCGCUGCCCAGCACUGUGGCUUCGUGGGCCUGGAUGAGGAGGAUCUGCUGAGGCCGCGGGACGGGCGGCGGGGUCCGAAGCGUCCUCGCACCAUCCUCACCUCGCAGCAGCGCAAACAGUUCAAGGCCUCCUUCGACCAGUCGCCCAAGCCGUGUCGCAAGGUUCGCGAGGCCCUGGCCAAGGACACCGGACUGUCGGUGCGUGUGGUGCAGGUGUGGUUCCAGAAUCAGCGCGCCAAGAUGAAGAAGAUCCAGCGCAAGGCCAAGCAGAAUGGCGGCUCCGGCGGCGGAUCGGGCAGUGGGCGUGGCACGGGCAACUCGAGCGCAACCGAUGACAAGGACACCAACGAGAAGGACGAGAAGGGCGUCAAGCAGGAAUUGGGCGGAGACAGCUCGGGAUAUCUGGGCGGAUUGGACAGCACCUUCGCCAGCCAGCCACUGAAUCCCAACUUGCCCUUCUCACCGGAUGACUAUCCGGCCAACUCGAACGACAGCUUCUGCAGCUCGGAUCUCUCGCUGGAUGGGAGCAACUUCGACCAGCUGGACGAUGAUGCGGACUCGCUGUCGCUGAACAACCUGGAGCUGCAGUCGACCAGCUCCUCGGGCAACCAGCACUCGCACUCGCACUCCCACUCGCACUCCCAGUCCCACUCGAAUCCCCACGACAUGCUGGCCAACCUGAACAACAGCCUGAUCAACCCCAUCGACAAGCUGUAUCUCAUGCAGAACUCGUACUUCAGCUCGGAACAUUAGGAGGGCACUGCGGCGAUCCUUGGGAUAGAGACGAAUUUAUUAGCGUUAGAGUGGCAGGCUCCGAUCGCGAAGGACACCGCAUCCUUGCUGUUACUUUACACGUAGCGCGUAGUUGGCCGACGGAAUUCAGUUGGAGUUGUAGAACCAGAUACAGAUACAUCAAAUGUGAUUUUUUUAAGCUAAUUGAAAUUUUAAGAUUCUUGGCGAUUUGAACGCGGCGAAACUUUGGCGGGCAGCAGGUUUUGUUGUUAGUCUAGACACUAGAGGCAAAAUAUGUAAAUCACCCGCAAUGGUAAAGCGAUCAUGUGGCCCCCUAUGUUUGUAAAUAGUUUUAAAUCCCCCUCCCCCGGAAAAUUGUUAUUAAAUGUAAUUUAAAAGUCAAUAAUUGUAUUAGCAAGUGCAAUUUAAUCUGUUCCCCUAAA